CGUGACGUCAGACGCCGAAAAGUUGCCCGCGUGCGGCAGCUCCUCAAGCAUGGCACGGAGAUUCAAGAUGGUGAUUUGACCUGAUCCAGAGUGAUGGCUAGUCCAGAAUGGAACAAACUUCUGCUUCCUGCUCAGACUUGGUUGGACUCGUCCAGCUUCACAUAUACCUGAGAAUGUUAAAAAACCCAAAAUAACAGAUUGAUCUGCAUGAAGAUCUUCAAAACAGGAUCCGGAAGCAUUGACUCAAGUUUCUUUGUGGAUCUACAGGAAAGCUGACGCAAAGUGCAAAUGACAACAAGCCUGAAUUAGGCAAGACAAAACCUUUGGAUAUAACAAUAUCCACUAGGUGGUGACCUUCCCCUCCUAACCUCUGUCAGAGUUGAAGGCAUUCCUGGACCUUUGUUCCCUGAGGAUGCACAGUUUAUAUAGUGGGAUUCUUUACCAGCUCUUACAUUACAACUAUGGCGAAUGCAGGAAUGCAGCUCCUUGGCUUCACACUAGCCUUCCUGGGCUUCAUUGGCGCAAUAGCAUCCACGAUCAUGGUGGAGUGGAAAGCUUCAUCCUAUGCAGGAGACAACAUCAUCACAGCCCAGGCCAUGUAUGAAGGAUUGUGGAAAUCCUGUGUAUCACAGAGCACAGGCCAGGUCCAGUGUAAAGUCUAUGACUCACUUCUCCAGCUACCAGGCAUUGUACAGGGCACACGGGGAUUGAUGCUGGCUGCCGUCUUGCUGAAUUUCAUUGCCAUCAUGGUGGCGGUGGUGGGCAUGAGAUGCACCACCUGCAUGGCAGAUCAAGAAGAGCAGAAGGACAAGGUGGCGCUGGCUGGAGGAAUUGUCUUCAUUAUCGCAGGUGUGCUCACUCUGGCGGGAGCAUCUUGGUAUGGUCACAGAAUUGCAAAGGAUUUCUACAACCCAUUCACUCCUACCAAUGCAAGGUAUGAAUUUGGAAGUGCCUUGUAUGUGGGAUGGGGAGCUGCUUGUCUCAUCAUUAUAGGAGGGAGCUUCCUGUGCUGCACUUGUCCUGCCAAAGGUGCAGGGAAAUCUCCACGCUACCCACACACUCACUCUGCUGGACAGACGGGCAAGGACUAUGUCUAGAGGGACAAUUGCUCCGUCCUGCCUCUGUUUUGCAGUGUGUAUAUUUGAAGGUCUUAUAACUGAUGUGUGUUUUUAGUUAUUGGGAUAGUCAGUUCUUUGGUCUUUCAUAUAAACCCCCCCCCCAUAGGGAUGCACGAUAUUGGACUUUAGAUAUUAGGGAUGGGACAUACCACUUUUUUGUGAACAAAACCAAUACCGAUAUCACAAACUACAGUGAUUUUAGAAGCAUUAAUGAACAUUUAUGCCGAGUCAUUUAAAAGACAUAAUUCUCCAGCUGUGUAACAAAUAUUGUUGUAAUGAACAGCCCAAACAUGACUCAACUAAAAUGCUUUUGCCGAUUUUAUUUACAUUUUUACCAAUAUCGGAGCGAUACCGAUUCCCAUCCCUAAUACAUAUACAUUUUUCCCUGCGACAACUCCAUAGGUCGUUUAGUCUCUUCUGUAGUGAAAUGAACAUAACGUAUUUAUAUUCAUGUCACAGCAGACGUGAAUAUACAUUUUCAAAAUUGCGCAAAAUAAAUAAACGUGGAAAAAUAAUAGUACAGGGCGAUAGCGUAGAAGUCAAGGAGGUUUCAGCAUAUUUAGCCUUGUCAUUAAGUCACAUUGGCAGAUCUAGGUGUGUUUUGCCAAUAUCCAAUAAUACGUUUUGAAGCCAAUAUCGUGCAUCCCUCACACAUACUGUACUGAAAAGGUUGUGACAUGGGAUUCUUCACAAGUUAACAAUGGUGACAGAAGCAGUGGCUUGAAUAGAAAAUUUUACUCAAGUAUAAAAAAAACAUCCCCCCCUUAAAGGUUAAACAAAAUAUAUUUUGCCUCCACAAUCAUUACAACUAAAACCCAUUUGCUUUUAUGCUUUUUUAUCUUUAAAAUCAUUAUUGUAUCGUUACAUGUAAAAUAAAAUUCCUUCCUCUCUGGUAA